GUGCAGAGCGGCCGGGCGAGCAUGUGGCCGGACAGCAGGGCGGGAGCCUCCGGAUGCCCGGACAGGCAACUUGGGCCACUCAGAUGCCUUUUGAAUGCAGGACUUCUGAACUGCUAUGAGUCGGAGAUGUCUUGAGUGAACAGCUCACCUCCACCACAAUGUCCAUGAACAAUUCCAGGCCCCCACUGUUGCCGGCAAUCGGGAUCCUUUCAAACACAACCUGCCAAACAGAAAAAAGGCUUUCGGUAUUUUUUUCGGUAAUCUUCAUGACAGUGGGAAUCCUGUCAAACAGUCUUGCCAUAGUAAUUCUCAUGAAGGCAUAUCAAAGAUUUAGACAGAAGUCAAAGGCAUCUUUUUUGCUGUUUGCUAGUGGCUUAGUUAUCACAGAUCUGUUUGGCCACCUCAUCAAUGGAGCCAUAGCGGUUUUUGUCUAUGCCUCUGAUAAAGACUGGAUCCGCUUUAACCAAUUUAACGUUCUUUGCAGUGUUUUUGGCAUGUGCAUGGUGUUUUUCGGACUGUGCCCUCUCUUCCUGGGCAGUGUGAUGGCAGUCGAACGGUGCAUUGGGGUCACCAAACCAAUAUUCCACUCUACAAAAAUGACAUCCAAACAUGUGAAAAUGAUGUUGACCGGAGUAUGUCUUUUUGCCGUUUUCGUUGCUUUACUGCCAAUAGUUAGAUUUCGAGCCUAUGCAAUUCAAGCAUCAAGGACCUGGUGCUUCUACAAAACAGAACACAUCCAAGACUGGGAAGACAGGUUUUUUCUUCUGCUUUUUUCUUUUCUUGGGUUGCUAGCCCUGGGUAUUUCCUUUUUAUGCAAUGCCAUCACUGGAAUUACACUUUUAAGGGUAAAAUUUAAAGGUCAACAGCACCGACAAGGCAGGUCUCAUCAUUUUGAAAUGAUCAUUCAGCUCUUGGCCAUAAUGUGUGUCUCCUGCAUUUGCUGGAGCCCAUUUCUGGUAAGAACCUAUAUUUUUACUGGUUCUGUUUCUACAGCUUGUCCACUUUAUAUUUUAUAUUUUUGA